CCCCCCCCCGAGUCCUUCCCCCCCUCAUCUGCAAAACAACCACCAGCAGCAGCCGCAGCAGCAGCAGCCAAAGCAAGACUCCUGCGCCGCCGACUACAAGAGGGUUAAAAGUGUAGAUUGGAUUUCACCCCGGGAAAUCUAGCACACGGAGUGAACUUGAAUCUUUGGCUAUUUAAGGAGGACUGGGGUUUGUUGUGAAGUUCUGGUGAUACAGGGCAGAGCCCCGUCCUGAUUGAUUUCAUCUUUCUUGAGUCUCAGAUGACUGUAAAAUGGAUAGAUGAAAUUAUUCCUUUUUGAGGCUUUUCUUAGGGGCUCUCCGGGCAGCGUGUUCUCAAAGCGAAGUCAUGAUGUAUUCUCCAAUCUGUCUCACUCAGGAUGAAUUUCACCCGUUCAUUGAGGCACUUCUUCCACAUGUCCGUGCAAUUGCCUAUACUUGGUUCAACCUUCAGGCUCGAAAACGCAAGUACUUUAAGAAACAUGAGAAACGAAUGUCAAAGGAUGAGGAAAGAGCAGUCAAGGAUGAGCUACUUAGCGAAAAGCCUGAAAUUAAACAGAAGUGGGCAUCCAGGCUCCUGGCCAAGCUGCGCAAAGAUAUUCGCCAAGAGUUCCGGGAGGAUUUUGUGCUCACGGUGACUGGGAAGAAGCACCCAUGCUGUGUAUUGUCCAAUCCUGACCAGAAGGGUAAGAUUAGGAGAAUCGACUGCCUGCGACAGGCUGACAAAGUCUGGCGUCUGGAUCUAGUCAUGGUGAUCCUGUUCAAAGGCAUCCCCUUGGAAAGUACGGAUGGAGAGCGGCUCAUGAAAUCCCCACAUUGCACAAAUCCAGCACUUUGCGUCCAGCCACAUCACAUAACAGUAUCAGUCAAGGAGCUUGAUUUGUUUUUGGCAUACUACGUGCAGGAGCAAGAUUCUGGACAACCAGGAAGUCCAAGCCACAAUGAUCCUGCCAAGAAUCCACCAGUGUACCUUGAGGACAGUUUUGUAAAAUCUGGAGUCUUCAACGUGUCAGAACUUGUGAGGGUGUCCAGAACACCCAUAACCCAGGGAACUGGAGUGAAUUUCCCAAUUGGAGAGCUUCCGAGCCAGCCAUAUUACCAUGAUAUGAAUUCAGGUGUAAAUCUGCAGAGGUCCUUGUCCUCUCCACCAAGCAGCAAAAGACCCAAAACUAUCUCCAUAGAUGAAAAUAUGGAGCCAAGCCCGACAGGAGACUUUUAUCCUUCUCCAAAUUCACCAGCUGCGGGGAGUCGGACAUGGCAUGAAAGAGAUCAAGAUAUGUCUUCUCCUACAAUGAAGAAACCUGAAAAGCCUUUGUUUAGUCCUACUUCUCCCCAGGAUUCUUCACCGAGACUGAGCACUUUUCCCCAACAUCACCAUCCAGGAAUUCCAGGAGUUGCACACAGUGUCAUCUCAACUAGAACUCCACCUCCACCUUCACCAUUGCCAUUUCCAGCACAAGCUAUUCUCCCUCCUGCCCCAUCUAGCUACUUCUCUCAUCCAACGAUCAGAUACCCUCCCCACCUGAAUCCUCAGGAUACUCUGAAGAAUUAUGUACCUUCUUACGACCCGUCCAGCCCGCAGACUAGCCAGCCUAACAGCAGUGGUCAAGUAGUAGGGAAAGUGCCUGGCCAUUUUACUCCAGUUUUGGCACCCUCUCCCCAUCACAGUGCGGUGCGACCUGUGACCCUGACCAUGACAGAUACUAAACCCAUCACUACAUCCACUGAAGGUGAGGCAUCUUCACCUACAGCAACCACCUACACAGCCUCAGGCACAUCCCAAGCCAAUCGAUAUGUGGGACUAGGCCCAAGAGACCCAUCCUUCCUACAUCAGCAACAGCUGAGAAUUUGUGACUGGACCAUGAAUCAAAACGGCAGGCAUUUAUACCCCAGUGCCAGUGACGAUACAUUGGGAAUUACCUGGCAAAGUGGGACCACUCAUAAAAGCUGGCAUGAUGGGUCUCUUUUAGCGCAUGUUGAGUAUUUACAGAAUAUUCACAGACUUCCUGGUACCUGGGCUAGCUUGGUUCCUUUUCAAGUUUCUAAUAGGACACCGAUCCUGCCAACAAACGUCCCAAAUUAUGGUUUGAACAUAAUUGGAGAGCCUUUCCUUCAAGCAGAAACAAGCAACUGAGGGAAAAAUAAAAUAAAGAGACAAAUUUCAAAAAGAAAGGAAGACAGGAGGAGAAAAGAAACUGAAGAAAGAAGAAAAAAUAGACCAGCAAUUGCAGCUCUUACAAUCACUAAUUCCCUUAUGGUUGAAACUGAAAUGACAUGCAAAGGGUCGAUGAUAUUUCACUGAUGAGUAGAAUGCAGCCCCUGCUAAGUAGCCUUUGUUAUAUGAAGUCCGCUGGGAAAUAGAUGUUCUGUCUCUGACAAUAUAUUUUAACUGACUUUCUAGAUGCCUUAAUAUUUGCAUGAUAAGCUAGUUUUAUUGGUUUAGUAUUCUUGUUGUUUACGCAUGGGAUCACUAUUCCUGGUUAUCUCACAAAACAAAGGCUAGGCAGCAGCAACAAAGCUGCAGGAGGACAAGGGCCGUAGCCAGCCAUUUUCUCAACACUCUGAUUUCUAGGUGUUUUAAAAAUAAGCUCUGUAGCCUUUAGUUAUUAGUGUGGAUUUAUUAAACUUUGGCCCUUAAUUCAGCCUUUUCUAGUGUGUUAUGCAGUUUGACGUUUUCAAUCAAAUAUGAACACACAAGCUCUGUGGAAGAAAUGCCUCUAUGAAGGUAUAAGUGUUAUCUCCUCAUGCAACAGUAAAAAUGAAAAAGAAAAAAAAUGAACGUUUUCCCCACUAAAGAAACUUACAGAGGCAAGUGCAAUUUAAAAAUCAUAUCUAAUGGGUCAUCAGUAUAAGUCCUUCAGCCCUUGGACUCUAAAUUGAGGGGAUUAAAAAUAGAAAUAAAGAUUACAUUGAACAAACUUAUUUUUCUCCUCAGUUUUUGAGGGCAUCAAAAGGCAUUAAAUCAAGACAAAUCAUGUCCUUGAGAAAAAGAAAUCAAUGGAAACACAGCACUUCUGUUGGUUUAGCUGCUGCCUCCACACAGGGGUAGGAUUUAUUUAUUUAAAGUUACUGGUUGCAUCAAGAACCCAUAGGGUUUACAUGUUUCUGUAAAAUCUGCAUCGUAGAGACAAAGAGAUGGGCAAAUCCAUGUCACAAGGGCAAAGCUUACCGUUUACAAACUGGUAAUACCAGGAUGGGGAUAUGUUAUAUUUAAAUAAUGCACUCGUAAGUUUAGUUGCAGGGUGCUGAAAACUUGCAUGGUGCUUUCAGAAGUUAGCCUUGUUCAACAAUUAUCACAUAUUGACAGAAAUAUAACGUGCAUGGGCAGACAUUUUGCCUCUAUGUCUCUUUAAAAAAAGAAUUAAAAUACUCUUUCCAGUAAUCCUGAUUUGCACGAAGUUAUAAUGUCCACAUUACGUGCCUUGCCUUGAAAUCUAAAAAAAUGGAAAAAAAAAACAAAAAAGAAAAAAAAACACACAAAAAAAUUUGACAUCACUACACUUGUUUUGCUGCAUUUAUUAUAAUUUUAAAUCUUUACCAUUUUUAUGACAAAAUAUUUUGUACUCCAGAUGGGAAAAAAUGCGUGACAUCAUGGAUUUUUUAGACAGUUAUACCUUUAUCUCACAUUUAUAAAGCAUAUCAUGGCUGUGUAUAGUUGCCGCUUAAAAAUUGUAAUCAACCAGCAAUAUUUUCAGUAUUUUGGUGUUUUUUCUAUUAACCUUUCAUGUUUUUCAUCUUCCAAUUAAUAUUGGGGGGAGGGGAUACAAAUUUAUAUGAAUUAUGCAAUACCGAGUUUUGCCUAUGUAGGUAGUGCUUUUAGCUGUAUUGGUUAUUAUAGGUAAGUACACAGAUUUAAAACAAAAAGAAAAAAAAAGUAUGCUUUUUUUUGUUUGUUUUAAUUGACCAAAGUGGGUACUGCUAUUUUUGCAGUGUGAUGAGGUCCUUUUCUGUACUGAGAGGUGGACAGGGGAUUUUUUUUUAUACAUACAUAUAUAUAUAUUCUGGGGUGGGUGGGGAGGAUUUUUAACACUUUACAGUGUAGCUGUGAAGCAGUGCACCCUUAGCCAGGCAAGGGCUGCAAAGCGACUGUUCUGCCUACUGUGACAAACUUUCAAAUCGGUUCCCUCUUUUUAACUUCCCACCUGGGGUGCAAGCUAAAAUCAUUUCUGGAUUUUAAAAAUAAAUAAUGAAUUCUGUUGGAGGCAGACUUGACUUGAGGAAAUUGUUUUACUUUAAGCUUUUUUGGUUUUGUUUUUUUUUUUUUCCUUGAGAAAGAGAGAGAGAGACACAGAGAAAAAGUUCAAGACCCACAGCGAGAUGAAGCCUUUUCCAUUCUGGCAAGGAUACUGCAUCCUAUAGUAUUCAUGUUAGAAAAUGUUUUUAGCUCAGAAUGACAAAGGCAGUUGCUUUGUCUAGGAAAUGCACAUAGAGAGCCAAAGUCUUUGCUGGCAUAACUCCACUGACAGCAGAGUUGCUCCUGCAGAGAAUUUGCCUCCCUUAGUCUGCUCAACUGGUAAAUAGUCUUUAUUUUUUUCCCCCUUCUAUGUCAAAAUAUUAUUCUUUUUUUUUUUUACCCUCCCACGUUUGUUAAGUCACAGCAUCUGAUUUACAAUUUCAGGCUGUUUUUCUCAGAGGUUUGCAGUGUCUUCUCAUACAGCAGGUCAGAUGGAGAGCUCUGGGCUCUUAGCAGGGAAGGAGUUUCUUAAUGCACAGAAUUAUGAUGUAAAUAAAGUGUAUUUCCAUUGCAUUUUGCAGAUCAGUAGUGGACCUCUUGCUGCAGACCUCUGAUGCAGCAUGGAUCUUUGAGAUGUAUGGCUGAACAAGGGGUGAUUUUUUCUUAAAAACACAUCCUUGUGUUAGAGCACAAGCAGAGUUUAGACCUGUGGGUUUGGGAUACCCUGGUGGGAAAAUCCAUCCCUUUGCAGUUUUCUCCGCAUUUUGGAUGUUUUCCUACCAUGUAGCAGCCCUGCAGUACAGCUCCAGUGACAGCCACCCAACUAAGCACAGAGCAGUGGCACACCAAUGUCAGUCCCUUCCUGCUCUGGUCAGUGUGUGGCAGGUGAAGAGUUGCAGUGGUGGCACAUCCUCAUGUCUCCAGUAGGAGAUUCAUGUAUAGGCAGGGCCAGCAUGGCUACAGAGAUGGGAACUGCAGAGAAGAAAAUCUUUGAGAUUUAUCUAUAGUUAAACUGAAAAAAAGCAAGCCUACAUAAAAAAAUAAGACAUCAAAAGAAAAUGAAAAUCAAUUUUAUGUCACUUUUUUUCUGUGCUCCUUUAACAAGUGAGUUUGUUCACUAAACACUUGCCUAUUUGGGUUACUGAAAUGCACUAGACCCACCCAGAGUGCACCUCAGGCUCCCACCUGGUAAAACGACGUUUCUUCACACCAUUGAUGCUAAGCAGUUCAGGUGCAGAGGGUCCUUGAUUAGUACCAUUAGCAAGAUGUCCCCCUUGAGCUUUUAAUAGCACACCAGGAUGAAACUGACAGUUCAGGCUUCAAAGUCAAUAUAUAAGUCAAUAGUCAAAAUUAUGAUUGUCCUUGUGGGAAGAUGGAUGCCUUUAACAGAGCUUCUUUUUGUUAUCUCUGACCUCCUGUAUGAGAAAUACUGAGCUUACAAAUACAGUUUUUUAAAAGCAGACUCCAUCCAUGUGGAUGAAUUUGGUUGUUAAGCAUCUGUGGGUUUUUUGAACCUGCCUCUCUAUCAGAAAAGCCUGUUUGGAAGAAAAUGAACUUUUCAUUAACUGUAGGUUUGGUUUGGUGUUUUGUUUUUUUUUUUUUUUUCUUCAGUUAUUGUUUUGUUUCUUUUUUUUUUUUUGUUUUUGUUUUGGGUUUUUGUUUGUUUGUAGGUAUUUGGGGGUUUUUGUUUGUUUGGUUUUUUUUUAAGCUCAGCAGUCAAAAGAUUAAGAUUGAGAACUCAAAUCCAGUCUCUAGCCUCCUCCUUCACCAGGAAGUGUAUUCUGACUGAAUUGAGCCACCCCGUUCUAUGUGCACUGUUCUGCCUUUAUUAAGUUGCUUUGCAGCCCUGGCCUCAUGGCUGUGCCACUGAAGUGUGUUUCCCCUGUGACAUGAACGUUUGAGGCUUGACUAAGGAAAAAAAAGGCAGUGAAGGAGACUGUACAUAAAGGCAUGGCAGAAAUAUUAAUUAUAGCAAUAUAGGUGUGGGGUGAUGUUCAGGUGGGCAGCUCCAUUGAAAAUAUGUGAAUGAAUUUGUAAAGCUGCAAGUAGCGAGAAGAAAGGAGGAUCUUCUGAAUGAACCGCCUACCUUGUAGACAGUAAUUUGUACACUGUAUAGUUUUGUUAAGAAUUUUUUUUUUUAAUUAAAAUACCCUUGUUUGUAAAGCUAACUUUUUUAACAAUUAUAAUGGAAAUGCAUGUCAUUUCCAUUUUUAAACAAGAAUAUUCUUUCUUUGGAAACUGGACUUGGGUUAAAACUCUCCAGUUUCUUAAUUUAUGUAUUAAGAAAAGAAAUCUGUCCAUGUUAGGAGUUAUUUCGCAGAUGCCUGUGCUUGAAAAGCAUAGGUUGCUAAUCCUUUAAAAAUGUAAAUGGAGAAAAGUUAUAUUUUAUGAAGGUUAUUUUGUUGUAUUUAGUAUUGGAAAAGUUGGUUUUCAGAGCAUUUCAAAAUGUUGGAAGCACCACUGUCGUUUUAUUAGUAUAUAUGGCCUUUAGCAAAAGUUUCUGUGGUUGUUACAUGAUGGUAUUUAAGAUUAGGUUCACAGAGCAAUUCAGGAUAGGCAGAGAACUAAAACAGUACUUAUGUCUCACAUAGCUGUGUCCUCAGGGAGCAGAAUUUUGGAUUUGCAACUUGUAGCUUCAUAAGGACUUAAUGAAAGAGAUUGCACAAGGACAUACUCAGCUGUGACACCGGAGUGUGUCCUGUACCUAAAUCUAAAUUAUAUUUGCUGUGUGAGGUUAUGAAGGCUGCAGAAAGUUAUCCCAUAUUCAGUGUACAGUAUUCACUUUUAAUGAAACAGCUCUCUAACGUUGCUGGCAGUAAGGCCCUAAGCAUGACAUCAAUAUAGUUUACAUGAUCCUGUCAAGGUCUUUUGUUAACAUUAACCAGCUGCAUGCUCCUGGACUUUUUUUUUAUUGGGUUUCUAUAGAAAAAAAAUAGAAAGAAAAAGGAGAAUGUAAAAGCAUAUGCAGGCUAAUCAAGUUAAACAGGAAAAGCUCCAAAUUGAAUGUUCUACUCCAUGGUGAAGGAGCUGAAAACUGCCUCCUUCAUAUUUGCACUUUCUGCUAGUUUGCCAGUUUUCUCUAAUUCCUCAAAAUUGUGUGGGUGUGGUGGAGCACUGCAGUUGGAGGAUAACAUGGACCACUGAUUUUGCCCUUUAACCCUGCACAAUGACCUUUGCAUCAGCCAAACUUAUUGCCAUGACAACUCUUUGUACUGUUUCCAUGCCACAGCUCUGUUGGUCACAUUGUUAAUAGUAAAGGGGACAAGUUGGAGACGGUCAAUUUUUACAUUUUUUGUUGCAAAUUUUUCUUCAAUGGUUGUAAGUAGUUGGU